AUGACAUCUCUCCCCCUCCCAGGUGACCGGCUCUUGCAGGUGGAUGGAGUGAGUCUGUGCGGCCUCACCCACAGGCAGGCCGUGCAGUGCCUCAAGAGUUCUGGGCAGGUUGUAAGACUGGUCUUAGAGAGAAGAGGCCCCAGGACCGCACAGCAGUGUCCUUCUGCUAAUGACAGGAUGGGAGAUGAAUGCACGGCUGUUUCCUUGGCAACAGCCUCGCCUGGCAGGCCCGCAAGCUGUGUCUCCGCGACAGAUGGUGCUAAGUUUGAAGUCAAACUGAAAAAGAACGCCAGUGGUUUGGGGUUCAGCUUCGUGCAGAUGGAGAGAGAGAGCUGCAGCCAUCUCAAGAACGACCUUGUGAGGAUUAAGAGGCUCUUCCCGGGGCAGCCAGCUGAGGAGAAUGGGGCCAUUGCGGCUGGUGACAUCAUCCUGGCCGUGAACGGAAGGCCCACGGAAGGCCUCGUUUUCCAGGAGGUGCUCCACUUACUGCGAGGAGCCUCGCAGGAAGUCACGCUCCUGCUGUGCCGACCCCCUCCAGGUGCGCUGCCUGAGAUGGACCAGGGGUGGCAGAUACCCAUGCUCUCAGCAGACAAAGAACUUACCAGGGCAACGUGCACGGACACAGAGCAGAGCCCCAGCCUGGAUCAGGAGGAUAGUCGGAGGGACAGUGCCUCCCUGGACACAGGGGAAGGCCUGGGUCUCAAGCCAGAGUCUUUCCAAAAGGCCACCAGAGAGGCACAAUGGGACCAAGAUGUAGAGAGACCCUGGGCCAUUUCCUUGAUGUGUCCUCAGGAUUCCCAUCCUCAUCUAUGCAGACUUCACCAAGAAAUGGAUGCAUCAACGUUGGCCACCUCUUUGGAAAAGGAUGUGAGGCAAAACUGCUAUUCGGUUUGUGAUAUCAGGAGACUUGACAGGUAAGAAUCACCACGUCUGCAGGCAUUUUGUAAACUGUAUGCUUUCCUUGCUAGAAAUUACAGUCAAGCA